AUGAAGACAGUCGUGUGUCUGGUCAAAGGCAAAAUAUGUCGUAUAGACCUAAAUGAGAGUCUGACCGUGGGUUUCCUCAUGGCAAAGGUCAAGGAACAGCAACCAUUGCAAUCGUUUUGGAUGGAUGUAUACCUGAUGAAACGAAACGGCAAGUGGCUCAAGUCGGGGGACCCUGAUGCCCAGGAGUUCAUGCGACGUGGCCAAUCGAAUGGCAUCCGAGCCAUGAUGCAAAAGCACGGGGCUAUGCACGCCUCGACUGAAAUUUCAGACCCCGCCAUCGGCUUCCCGGACACUGAAGCUAUUGAAGAUGACGACAUCCACGUCUUUGUGCAUACUCAAUCACCGGACGAUCACCAGCUUGAUUUGUGGGCGUAUGGCGAGCCGUAUCAUGUGGCGGCUUGGAAUUGGCUGCGUAAGCGCUUGAAGUCCAAGAAAGCAGCCCUGGCUGCGAAAUAG